CUGUGAAACAUGAGGGGGAAGUAAAUGUAUGUAUCAAACAUUUUUUGCUACUAUUAUUAUCUAUUUGGAGGUCUCUUCUCCUUCUCAUUCCUCUUUAUCAUCAACAUUUUUGUUACUUGAGAUCGAUCGAUCGAGGUAUCCAAGAUGAGGGAAAGUGAAACCAUUACGAGACCAUGGUUCUUUCUUUGUGUUUCGGUUCUAUUCCUGUCACACAAGUCCUGCUUCUCUACCGGAGGUGACACUCUUCCAAUGGGCCAUUCUCUCUCAAUAAAACAGACCCUGCUGUCUCAAGGUAACAUUUUUGAACUCGGUUUCUUUACGAAAGGUCCUUUCCGUGAUUCACCUAAAAUCUAUCUGGGAAUAUGGUAUAAAAAUUCUGAGCAGAACAAAGUUUGGGUAGCUAACAGAGAACAGAGGUUGUCUGAACCGUAUUCUUCAAAGCUUGAAUUCUCUGAAUAUGGUGAUUUAGUCCUGCUCGAUGGUAAUUAUUAUAUUAAAAUUUGGUCAAAAAGUUUUGAGUCACAAAUGCCAAAUUCCACUGAAGCAGUGCUUCUAGAUAAUGGAAAUUUUGUAGUUAGAAAUGUUAAAAAACCAUCUAUAAUAUAUUGGCAGAGUUUUGAUCACCCAACAGAUACAUUGUUACCUGGUGCAAAGUUGGGCAUCGAUAAACUCACUAACAAAACUCGGGUCCUAACUUCGUGGAAAAAUUCAAGAGAUCCUGCUCCUGGUAGGUUUUCAUUCAGGAUAGAUCCAAUUGUAGAAAAUCAUUAUUUUAUGGAGUGGAACAACUCCAAAAGGUAUUGGAGCAGCGGAGUUUGGAAUGGUCAUAUUUUUAGCUCUGUUCCUGAAUGGAUAUCAAAUUAUUCCUUCAAUUACACUUUCAUAUCAAAUGAAAACGAAAGCUAUCUUACAUUUUCUAUUGUGGAUUCUUCUUCUGUUUUAAUGAGAUGUCUGAUGGAUAUGUCGGGACAACUGCGGAUUCUAGGAUUGUUCCCUGGCAAUUGGGAUUGGGAGCAACCCCUCCAAACAAAAGUUUAUGCUUUUUGCGGGACAUUUGGGAUAUUGAGAGGGAAUGUGACCUCCUAUUGUGAAUGUUUGCCAGGCUUUGAGCCAUUCUCAAUUGAAGACACAAAGCUAAAUGAUUGGUCAGGUGGUUGUGUGAGAAAGACCCCAUUGCAGUGCCAAAAUGGUUCUUAUACCAAUGGGUUGACUGAUGGAUUUUUAAAAAUUUCAGAUAUAAAAUUGCCCGAAAAUUCAAAAAUAUAUUCUGAAAAGAGCCUUAAAUGGUGUAAAUCAGCUUGCAUGCAACAUUGUUCUUGCAUGGCUUGUGCAUAUAAUAGUAGUGGGUGUUUAGUAUGGGAAGGGGAUUUACUGAAUCUACAACAACUCUCGAAUGGAAGCAACACAAAACAAGAUCUCUAUCUCAAACUAGCUGCUUCUGAGCUUCCAAAAGCUGGAGGUGACAGGAGGAAGAACUUUAGGGUGAUCAUAAUACUGCCGGUUUCGCUAGCAGUACUUCUUAUUUUUGGUGGCCUCAUAUGCUGUUUAAUCAUGAGAAAGCUCAAACAAAUGGGGGAGGAAGAUUCAACUGAGGACUUACUAAUAUUUGAUUUUAGUGCUAGUGCUAUUGCAACUGCUAAGACAAACACUGGAAGUAAUCUUGGGAGAAGUGAGAAGAAGAAUGUUGAGUUGCCAUUGUUUAGCUUUGCGAGUGUCUCUGCUGCAACGGGCAACUUCUCCACAGAAAACAUACUAGGAGAGGGAGGGUUUGGACCUGUUUAUAAGGGUAUAAUACUUAAUGGACAAGAAAUAGCAGUGAAAAGGCUUUCCAAGAGAUCUGGACAAGGGUUCCAGGAGUUUAGAAAUGAGGCAGUAUUGAUAGCCAAACUACAGCAUCGGAAUCUUGUUAGAUUAUUGGGUUACUGCAUUAAGCGUGAUGAAAACAUAUUGAUCUAUGAGUAUAUGCCCAAUAAAAGUUUGGAUUUCUUCCUGUUUGAUCCAGACAAAAAAAGGAUGUUGGAUUGGAGGACACGUGUUCGCAUCAUUGAAGGGAUUGCUCAAGGACUGCUUUAUCUGCAUCAAUAUUCAAGGGUUCGAAUAAUUCAUAGAGAUUUAAAGGCUAGCAACAUUUUAUUGGAUAGCGAAAUGAAUCCUAAAAUAUCAGAUUUUGGCAUGGCAAGAAUAUUUGGUGGAAAUGAGUCCCAAGCAAACACAGAACGGAUUGUUGGAACUUAUGGGUAUAUGUCUCCUGAAUACGCAAUGGAAGGCAUUUUCUCGAUAAAAUCUGACGUGUUUAGCUUUGGAGUAUUGCUGCUUGAGAUUGUGAGUGGCAAGAAGAACAUUGGUUUUUAUCAUAGUGACUCUCUUCACCUCCUUGGAUAUGCAUGGGAUUUGUGGAGUGCUAAUAGAGGGAUGGAGUUGAUGGACCCAAUAUUGGGUAGUCCUUCUUCUACCUCUACAUCGUUAAGAUACAUUAACAUUGGACUUCUUUGUGUGCAAGGAAAUCCAAAUGAUCGACCUACUAUGUCUGAUGUUGUGUUAAUGCUUAGCAAUGAAUAUGCACCUUUACCAACACCUAAGGAACCUGCAUUUUUUACGGGCCGGCGUGUGAUGAAUACAAAUCCGUCAUUUAGUAAUGCUAGAAACCGUUCAGUAAAUACUGUAACACUUUCGGUGAUCGAGCCCAGAUAACAAUUUCAUACUACAAGACAUUUUGUUUUAAACUGAAAUUCUGAAUUCUUUGAAUUUACUCUUAGAUUUGAUAUACUUUGUUUGGUCUAUGCUUUGAUUUUUAUUUAUUUUUUGGGGUGAUAUACUGAUUCUUUUAACUAGCUAUACACUAUUAGUUUCUGGAGAAACUUUCUCCCAUUCCUUUCCCUCACACUAUUAGUUUCUGGAGAAACUUUCUCCCAUUCCUUUCCCUCUCAAGGAUGCUUCACAAAAGAAGACCAACUGACCAAGUAAUGCUAUACCAUCCUAUAUGGUCUGAAGUGCACCUAGUACGUAAACAUUGUUCAUUUAAGACUGUCCAUGUGGGCCAUGUUAAAACUUGUUGCCACAAGGGGCGGACCAUUAGUCUUGGGCCUUUCUUUGUAGUGAGCUUGAGAAAAAAAAUAUAAGUUGCCGAGGAAGACUAUUUGGCGAUCCAUGGCUCCAACUAGGGUGGCUUUCUUUGUUUGGACCGCUGUUUGGGGAAAGAUUCUGACAAUUGAUAACUUGAGGAAAAGGGGCAAUUGUAUUGUUAAUUGGUGUUGUCUAUGCAAGAAAGAUGGGGAGUCAGUUGAUCACCUCCUUAUGCAUUGCCCUGUGGCGAACAACUGUUGGAAUCUUAUUCUUGGGUUGUUUGGCAUGUGUUGGGUAAUGCCACGAUCUACUAAGGAAUUGAUUCAUAUUUGGAGAGGAUGUCAUGUGAGAAGGGAUGUACGCGACUUCUGGAGAAUUGUCCCACAUUGUGUCUGGUGGUGCAUUUGGAAGGAGAGAAAUAGUAGAAGGGAAAGAGUCGUCUACGGCAAUGGUGAAAGUUCACAUUCUUCGUUCUCUUUUCAAUUAUGUGAAGAGG